AUGGACCGCCUCAGGAGGUUCCGGGCCGUGGACCGCCUCAGGAGGUUCCGGGCCGUGGACCACCUCAGGAGGUUCCGGAUCGUGGACUGUCUGAGGAGGUUCCGGAUCGUGGACUGUCUCAGGAGGUUCCGGACUGGGAACUGUCGCCGGAAGCUCUGGAAAGGGGAUCGUCUCAGGAAGCCUGAGCCAUUUGCAGGUCAUCUUGACUCACUGCUGGAAAUGGAGCAACACAACUCUUCCACCUUCAUCUCCUUCACCCUAAACUCCUCCGACUCUAAUGCCUCCUUCCUCAGUCCUGCACCCAUCCCUUGGAACCGUGAUGGCCUGGCCCCUGGCGUGGUCCUGUCUCUUUGCUUCCUGAUCGGCAUACCCGGGAACAUCGCAGAGGCUGGUGAGGCUGAGGGGGCUGGUGAGGCUGGUGAGACUGGGGAGGCUGGUAAGGCUGAGGCGGCUGGUGAGGCUGAGGUGGCUGGUGAGGCUGAGGCUGAGGUGGCUGGUGAGACUGAGGCGGCUUGUGAGGCUGAGGCUGAGGCGGCUGGUGAGGCUGAGGCGGCUGGUGAAGCUGAGGCGGCUGGUAAUGCUGAGGAGGCUAGUGAGGCUGGUGAGGCUGAGGCGGCUGAGGCGGCUGGUGAGGCUGGGGAGGCUGGUGAGGCUGAGGUGGCUGGUGAGGCUGGGGCGGCUGGUGAGGCUGAGGCGGCUGGUGAGGCUGAGGCGGCUGGUGAGGCUGAGGCGGCUGGUGAUGCUGAGGAGGCUAGUGAGGAUGGUGAGGCUGAGGCGGCUGGUGAGGCUGAGGCGGCUGGUGAGGCUGAGGCAGCUGGUGAGGCUGGGGAGGCUGGUAAGGCUGGUGAGGCUGAUGAGGCUGGUGAAGCUGGUGAGGCUGGUGAAGCUGGUGAGGCUGGUGAGGCUGGUGAGGCUGAGGCGGCUGGUGAGGCUGGGGCGGCUGGUGAGGCUGAGGCGGCUGGUGAGGCUGAGGCGGCUGGUGAGGCUGGGGAGGAUGGUGAGUCUGGGGCGGCUGGUGAGGCUGAGGCGGCUGGUGAGGCUGAGGCGGCUGGUGAGGCUGAGGCGGCUGGUGAUGCUGAGGAGGCUGGUGAGGCUGAGGUGGCAGGUGAGGCUGAGGCGGCUGGUGAGGCUGGGGUGGCUGGUGAGGCUGAGGUGGCUGGUGAGACUGAGCCGGCUGGUGAGGCUGAGGCGGCUGGUGAGGCUGGGUAG